UCCGCGUUCGGGCAUGGCGUUGCGGUAGUGAAUGUUGAAUGAGCAAACGAGAUGGACGGAAAAGCUGUAAAAGCAAUAUUAUUUGACCUGGAUAACACUCUCAUUGAAACGAGACAGGCUGGGGAAGUGGCGAUUCAAAAGACGAGUGACUUUUUGAAGACCACGCUGGACAUCGAUGACGACACCGUCCGCAGCAUUUGUGGUAAAUUCAAGCAGAAGCUCCUACAUGAGGAGUUCGAUUCCUCCUCUGGCAGAUCCAUAGAUGAAGUCCGAGUGCGUCACUGGGAGGAAAGUAUUACUGAGACCUUGGGUCAUUGCCCCGGGCCUUCUCUGGCAGCUCAGUGCUACGACCGGUGGAAGACCAGCCGUCUGGAGGUCCUGAGUCUGUCUCCUGAAGUACGAGACCUGCUGAAGCUGCUGCGCAGCAGCUACAAGCUGCUGCUGCUGACCAACGGAGAGACCAAGACUCAGAGGGAGAAAGUGGAGGCCGUCGGUUGUGAGGAGUUCUUUGACGCCGUCGUAGUCGGAGGAGAGCACCCGGAACAGAAACCGUUCCUCUCCAUCUUCACGUUGUGUUUCCAGCUGCUGGGGGUGGCGGCGCAGGACUGCGUGAUGGUGGGAGACUCUCUGGACACGGACAUCCUGGGGGGCGUCACCGCCGGGGUCAGAGCCACGGUUUGGAUCAACAACGAUGGUGCCGUGUUAGACGGUCCGGCGAAGCCUGACUACUCCAUCCCAACCGUCCUAGACCUGCCACAUGUUCUAGCUCAACUCCAAUAAGUGGAUAACUGUCAGUUUAAGUGGGAUGUUUUUUACUACGAAGAUUUAAACAAUACAAAGUGGACCAUUUUCAUGCAGAACUGUUUUCUUCUGGUAUAUUUCGCUGCCACUAAAUACUUGAACUAGGGGUGUCAAAUUAGCGCGUUAAUUGCAAUUCAUUACAGGCAUAUUUAGCGGAAUUAAUUAAUCGCAUACUCAAACUUUUUUAAUCGUUUAAUCAAAUUUUUAAUCUGUAACUUUACUUUUUCUGUUUGCGAGUUGCCUUUAUUUUGAAAUCUGUUUGUGCAGUGGACUUCCUGUGUCUGAGUUGUUAUUUGCAAUGAAUUAAUUACAGGCAUAUUUAGCACAAUGUUAUUAACGAGUACUGUACCAGCUUUAUAAAUCAGCCUCUAAAAAAAAAAUAUAUAUAUAUAUAUUAAAAUAUAUGAUAUAUAUUUUAUACUAAAAAUGCAUUUUGUUCUGGUAUAUUUUCCUGCCACUAAAUACUUGAACCAAGGGUGUCAAAUUAGUAUGUUAAUUGCGAUUAAUUAAUAUGUAAUUAUAAUUGUGAUUAAUAUUUAGCGCGUUACUUUUUUUAAUCAUUUAAUCGAAUUUUUAUCUGUAACUUUACUUUUUCUGUUUGCGAGUUGCCUUUAUUUUGAUAAAGUAAUGUUUGUGCAGUGGGCUUCCUGUGUGUGAGUUGUUUAUUGCGAUUAAUUAAUUCAUUAAUUACAGGCAUAUUUAGCGCGUUAUUUUUUAAUCGUUUAAUCUAUUUAAUCUCUAACUUUAAUUUUAUACUUUUAUAUUUUGCCGCCACUAAAUACUUUAACCAACUGUGUCAAAUUGGUUCAUUAAUUGUGAUUAAUUAAUUACAGGCAUAUUUGGCACGUCAUUUCUUUUAAUCGUUUAAUCUACCGGUAUUGUUUAAUCUCUAACUUACUUUUUCUGUUUGCGAAUUGCCUUUAUUUUGAAAUCUGUGUUUGUGCUGUGUUUGACCUGCCAGAAGUUCUAGCUCAACUUCAAUAAGUGAAUAACUGUCAGUUUAAGUGGGAUGUUUUGUUUUUUACUACGAAGAUUUAAACAAUACAAAGUGGACCAUUUUCAUGCAGAACUCUGGUAUAUUUUGCUGCCACUAAAUACUUGAACUAGGGGUAUCAAAUUAGCGCAUUACAGCAUACGUAGCUUGUUUUUUGUUUUUUUUUUUGUUUAAUUUAAUUUUUAAUCUGUGACUUUACUUUUUCUGUUUGCGAGUUGCCUUUAUUUUGAAAUCUGUGUGUGAGUUGUGGGCGGCAAACAAUGGUAGUCACACCUUGAAGUGGACGUUGAUUGGCUGUCACUGUGUGAUACAUUUUUAUAUCACCACUAAAUGCUUUAACCAAGGGUGUCAAAUUAGAGCGUUAAUUGAAAUUAAUUAAUUACAGGCAUACUUAGCAUGUUAUGUUUUUUUUUUUGUUUUUUUUUAAAUCGCUUAAUCUAUUGUUAAAUCUCUAACUUUACUUGUAUAAAGUAAGGCUCUCUCUUUCUCGAGAGGCUGGAGAAAGUUUUUACAUCUGUUCAAGUCUGUUAAAAAAAUUACUUUAUAAAGCCACUUUUUUUGUUAUAUAUCAAUGUUUUGAUCAGCCACAAUAAUGUAAUGAAUUUAAAAGGAAAACACCUCAAGUUGAGGGCUUUUCUCAGCAAUUUUUAGGUGCGAUUUAAAAAAAAAAAGAAAAAAAAAAGAAUUGCAAACCCAAGCAUGUUUUUUUUUUUACUCGUGACAGUCACGUUUUACCAACACAGAUGUUAUUGUUAAUGAGAACUGUACCAGCUUUAUAAAUCAGCCUCCA